CCCUCGUCAUGCGCAGUGAGAGUGACGUAGCAAACAGGCCAUAGGCGAAGCAGACGGUGGGCUGGUGAGUGGAGAUUGGGGUGAAGGUCGGUCGCUGCCAUCUCAGGGUGUGAGACUGGAGUCCUGCUUGUGUGUUACUGUAUCCCUGCUGCCUACUAGCGUCGGUGAGCUGGGAGCCUCCACAUCUCUGCGCUUAUGGGUUUCAUGAAGUCUGAGAUGGCACCGUGCCCACAAGCCUCUUCUUUCCAUGACAUGAGCUUUUCGACAGUUCUGAAGUAAUUGUGCAAAGGCUGAGGCAACCUGCUGCUGAACAUUUCUGGAUCUGGGAUCACUUGCCUGGUCAGAGAUGUUCCGGAAGAACCUGUUGGAUUUGGCGGGCCGGGGGGCGCUAAAGCCCGUUCAAGUUAGUUUAUCACUCCUGCCCAUUCGUUCUCACUCCACCUCUGCUACAGACCACAACCAUGUCGAACUGGCAAGGGAGCGCUCCAAAACCGUCACCUCUUUCUACAACCAAUCCGGCAUUGAUAUUUCAGCAGAGAAGGCCUCCGUCCGCCUCACUCCAACCACUAUGCUGUACUCAGGGAGGUCUCAGGAUGGCAGCCAUAUUCUGAAAAGUGCUCGCUAUUUGCACAAGGAGCUCCCGGUCCGGAUUUCCCAUCGCAUCAAAGGCUUCCGCAGUCUCCCGUUUAUCAUCGGCUGCAAUCCAACAAUCCUGCAUGUGCACGAGUUGUACAUCCGAGCCUUCCAAAAGCUGAGUGAGUUCCCCCCGAUCUCUGACCAUGAGACGGAGAGUCAGUACUGUAAGCUCUUGAGGCAGCUGCUCGAUGAUCACAAGGACGUGGUGACUCAAUUGGCCGAGGGGCUGAGAGAGAGCCGGAAACACAUCCAGGAUGAGAAAGUCAUCAGUUAUUUCCUGGAUAAGACUCUGACCUCACGCCUGGGCAUCCGGAUGUUGGCAACACAGCACUUGGCUCUGCACGAGGACCGGCCAGACUUUGUUGGCAUUAUCUGCACCCGCCUGUCACCUAAGAAGAUCAUUGAGAAAUGGGUGGACUUUGCCAGGCGUCUGUGUGAACACAAAUAUGGAAAUGCCCCCCGAGUCCGCAUUAACGGCCAUGUUGCUGCUCGAUUCCCUUUCAUCCCCAUGCCACUGGAUUACAUUCUACCAGAGCUGCUCAAGAACUCCAUGCGGGCCACCAUGGAAAGUCACGUUGACACUCCCUACAAUGUCCCAGACAUUUCAAUUACCAUCGCUAACAACGACAUUGACUUCAUUAUCAGGAUCUCAGACCGAGGAGGUGGGAUCCCACACGGUCACUUGGAGCGGGUAAUGGAUUACCACUUUACCACGGCAGAGACCAGCACUCAGGAUCCUCGUAUCAACCCCAUUUUUGGAAACAUGGUGGACAUGGUGAACAGCGGCCAGUCAGGCCCUAUGCACGGUUUUGGCUUUGGCCUCCCCACCUCGCGGGCGUACGCGGAGUAUCUGGGCGGAUCCCUGUGCCUCCAGUCUCUCCAAGGCAUCGGCACGGACGCCUACCUGCGGCUCAAGCAUAUUGAUGGCAGAGAAGAAAGCUUCCGCAUCUGAGGACAGGACUUUCCAGCAACGGACUGAAGAAAGGGGAUAAUAAUUGAGAAAUUAUCGUUGACCUGUUUGUUUCCCCUGCUAGAGAAUUCCACUCCCCCAUCACCAUGUUCUUUGGCAUUAAAGUGACAAGACAAAAGCCUGCAGUCCCUGUAUGAUGGCAAAUCACUGAUCAUGCUCCAGGCUGCUGGUUUCCCCUCUUACCUGAUAACGUCUUGGCCUGGAAUCUGAUUGGUCUCAUCCACUUAACCAGCGUGACAGUUGCAGGCCGACCCUCCGCUCUUCCACCAACGCAGGAAAGCAUCUGUUACCAAAAGUCAUCUUUGUAUUGCAGUAAAGAGGCUCUGGAUUGAGCCCUACAUUUUACACUUGGAUCUGUCUUCAUCAAUGAAUUCUGUAGUCCCAACCAAUGAUAAAACACGGACAUGCCUGGAAUAAUGCGCUUCCUGCUGCAACACCAAACUGCAAACUAUGUGGCCUGAAGAAGGUCAUGGCUUUAUGGGAGUUUGCUACAGACCUGCUGGAAUACUGGCGGCUGCUGCCCUUGCAAAUACUUUACAUUACAUACAAUGGCUGUGAGAAGCCCCUCCCUACCCCCCACUACAGCUCUUUGUUAUCGUGGACUUGUUUGUGUGAUCCAAAGCUUUGCAGUAAUACAUAAUGGGGGUCACUCAGUGUGUGUGUCUAAACACAAUGAUUACAUUUAGCAGUAUGACCUCAGGAACACAACAGAUCCAAGUGUUGCAGAAGCUGGUGUUCGUGUGUCUGUGUGGUGGGCGAUUGCACCCUGCAAGUACUACUCCGGUCACCAGCUGCUGCUUUAAAGCUUAAAACCCGCUUCUCAAGGAGAUCGAACCCCCAGCUUGGCACAGAAAGAGUUAAGUUUCAGCAUAUAAAUUAUUGCCUUUCACCAAAAAGAAGCGGAAGAAUAAAGGAAAUCGGCAUUAUUAAUAAAUGGGAACGGUGGGACUGCAGCCUGAAUGAGGACAAAAUGGCGAGAGAGGAGGAUAAGCCAAUGGACUUGUCCGGAUGUGGAUUUAUUUGUGUUUUCUUUCAUUUUAUGGCCUUUAAAAAAAUGUUUUUAAAUAAUGACUUGUUACUUUCAGCUCCGCCGAAACCGGAGUCUUUGUUCUGUUAAAGUUACCGAACGCCCGAAGACGGCAUAUCACGGGCACGGAUGUUUAUGAAACUGUCGACGGAGCAGGUCGCUAUGGCCGCAACUAUGGCAGGUUACAAGGGGAUCUAAAGUUACCCCGAUGAUAUUAGGGCUCCGUUAAGCCUUCCAAAGACUUGGGGAUCCCUGGGGGGGGUUCUGGGUAAUAGACGGAGUGCCGCUUGCUUUACAGACCAGAGUCACUUAUUCCGACAGUUUGACAAUCAUUUCACGUUUGUUGAUCCCGUGUCCAAAAGAAAGAACUAACAGGCCUUUUAAAGGGGUGAUUCACCUUUGAACUAUCUUUUAAUAUGUUAUAGAAUGGCCAAUCCUAGGUAACUUUUCAGUUGGUCUUCGUUAUUUAUUUUGAAUAGUUUUUUAAUUAUUUGCUGUCUUCUUCUGAUCCUUUCCAGCUUUUGAAUGGGACCCCAUUUAAUAACAAACACUCUGUAAGGCUACAAAUGUAUUGUUAUUGCUACUUUUUAUUCCUCAUCUUUCUAUUCAGGCCGCUCCUAUUCAUUCUAAUUUAGAUUAGUGAGUGGUUGCUAGGGUAAUUUGCCCCCUAGCAACCAGAUUGCCAAAAUUGCAAAGCGGAGAGCUGCUGAAUAAAAAGCUAAAUAACUGAAAAAACUAAAUUAAUAAUAAAUAAAUAAUUAAAAACCAAACGCAAAUUGUCUUAGAAUAUCCCUCUCUACAUCAUACUAACGGUUAAUUCAAAGGUGAACAACCCCUUUCAUUUGCGUUACUGUACUUUUUUUUUUUUUUUUUAAUGUGGUUCUGAUGUCAAUAACGUCCGUAAUUGUGAGGUUUUUCUUUCUGUGUUUUCUAAAAGCCCCGUCACAAAUAAACGAUAAAAAAUCUGA